AUGCAGAUCUUCGUUAAGACUCUCACCGGAAAGACAAUCACCCUCGAGGUGGAGAGCUCUGACACCAUCGACAACGUUAAGGCCAAGAUCCAGGACAAGGAGGGUAUUCCUCCGGAUCAGCAGAGGCUUAUCUUCGCCGGAAAGCAGUUGGAAGACGGCCGGACUCUUGCCGACUACAACAUCCAGAAGGAAUCCACCCUUCACUUGGUCUUGCGUCUUCGUGGAGGUAUGCAGAUCUUCGUCAAAACCCUUACCGGAAAGACGAUCACUCUCGAGGUGGAGAGCUCCGACACCAUCGACAACGUCAAGGCUAAAAUUCAGGAUAAGGAAGGCAUCCCACCGGACCAGCAGAGGUUGAUCUUCGCCGGAAAACAGCUUGAAGAUGGCCGUACUUUGGCUGACUACAACAUCCAGAAGGAAUCAACCCUUCACUUAGUUCUCAGGCUUCGUGGUGGUAUGCAAAUCUUCGUUAAAACCUUGACGGGAAAGACGAUCACUUUGGAGGUUGAAAGCUCCGACACCAUUGAUAAUGUGAAAGCCAAAAUCCAAGACAAAGAAGGAAUCCCACCGGAUCAGCAGAGAUUGAUCUUCGCCGGAAAGCAGUUGGAAGACGGCCGUACUUUGGCUGACUACAACAUCCAGAAGGAGUCCACUCUCCACUUGGUUUUGCGUCUACGUGGUGGUAUGCAGAUCUUCGUGAAGACCUUGACCGGGAAGACCAUUACCCUCGAGGUGGAGAGUUCUGACACCAUUGACAACGUCAAGGCGAAGAUCCAGGACAAAGAAGGCAUUCCUCCUGAUCAGCAGCGUCUCAUCUUCGCUGGAAAGCAGCUCGAGGAUGGUCGCACACUCGCUGACUACAACAUUCAAAAGGAGUCGACCCUUCACUUGGUCCUUCGUCUUCGUGGUGGUUUCUGA